AUGGCUCUAAGAUGCCCUGAUCUCGAGGAAGCUAUUCGGAGCGAGCGUGGGGUCUAUAACCUCAAUCACCGAACGAUCAAGUCCGACAAGAACUCAAAUACGGACUUUCGAAGGUGCGAAGGAGGGCGAGGAGGGGAUCUUUACACGAAAGCGAAGGAGGAAAAGGCCGUCGAAACCGACGGAAAAGGUUGGAAGGAGCCGUCCCCUUUCGUCGUCAAUCCAAACGACUUCUCUGAGUUUUUCAACCUCGACCUCCUCGUCGGUGGCUCUUCGUCCCAGCAACAGGGCCAAGGGUCGUCCUCCUCUCGUGCAUCAUCCAACUCCCCAGCCCUCUCCUUCUCCGCCCUCCCCUCGCCCCCCGCUCCAUUCCUCCCAACAAUCGUUGACUCGCAAGCGACCGAUUUCUUCAACUUUUACCUCGACGAUGAGUACACAAAAGUCGAUCCACUCGCACCGCCUCCUCCCAUCACCGGCGCUCCCUACGACUUCUUCGGCGCCUUUUCGGGCUUGUCGUCCUCGGGCUCGCAAGAUGAGAGCAGCCCCGAGUCUGGAACCACCAGUACAGGCCAGUCCCCUCCCCUCGCUAUUGAUCCCCAGCUUGUCGGCAGCCCAUCAAAGCCCAUGAGCGAUAUCGAUGAGGAAGAGGAAGGGGAGGGGGGCGACGAGGGCGAUGAAGAUCACGACGAUCUCUUCGCCGCCAUCGCCCCAGUGAAGGUCGGCGGCAAGGGCAAAGGUCGCAAGGGCACCGUUCAGUCAGGCGGCGUCCAGAAGAAGCCCAUAGUCAGUGCGGUCGUCAAAGACAGCGACAACAAAGACGAGCCAGACGACUGGCGGCCCUCUCCCGAAGAGUACAAGAAGAUGUCCUCCAAAGAAAAGCGGCAGCUGCGCAAUAAGAUAAGCGCGCGCAACUUCCGCGUCCGGCGCAAGGGUGAAUCCGCACAUUCUUCUCUUCUCCCAAAUUUAUGUAUUCUGACCGCCGUUGCAGAGUACAUCACGACGCUCGAAGGCGAUAUUGCAGAGCGCGAUCGCCUGAUCGAUGCCAUUCGUACUGAGCUCGGGUCUACGAAGUCGGAGAACAGCGCGUUGCGGCAGGAAAUUUCCGCACUCAAGAAGGCGCUCCUCACGGGUCGUGCCGAAUCGCCCGUUCUUCCUCCACCUGGGCCCAUCCCUCCCCCCGUCCGCGCCAGCACCACCUCGUCGCCGCUUGUCACGCCCAACAUGCACAAAGAUCUGCCAUCGUCGCCGCGCCUCGCAUCCGCUAAGUCGUUCUGGGGUGGGAGUGCGACGUUCGGCGGGAUCACGCCCGUGCACACGACCCUCAUUCCUGAGUCGUUUGCGCAACCGCUCGCGAACGUCAAGCCUGUGGGCAGCGAUCGCUCUAUCUCGGCCUCGCUCCAGGAAAAUAUCAACCCGAGUCUCAACGUCAACAAGGUUGGACUCGCCGCGGCGGCAUUCGGUCCGGUCAAGGGCGGCAAGCCUGGCGCGUUUGACGCGUUUGCUGAGAACAAUCCGUUCACGAUGAAGAUGCUCGAUGCCUAUCGUAUGCAGCUUUGGGCACGCAUGGCCACGGCACAGCAUCAGCAGCAACAGCAACAACAGGCUUUGUCUGCCCAGCCCCCUCAUGCGCCCAUCACUGGUCUUGCUUCGAACCUCCGCCCACAUUAUUUCUCUACCGUCAAGCCAUCCAGCACACCGCUCUCCAACCACACAAACCUCUCCGCCGUACUCUCCGGCAAACACACGUCCUCCUCUCUCGCGUACCCAUCACCGCCGCCGUCGCCGAAGCUCGGCGCGACAGCGCCCCGGGACGUGCAGAACUCGCAGCACGCGCUCAUCGCGGCGAUGGCAUCGCAGACGCUGUUCCAGAAGUUGGGGUCCGCGUUCUGGGAGGCAUUCUCCGGCUCGACGCAUCCGUCGAUGUCCUCGCCGGGGGCAUCAGGGUCCAGGCAGCAGGCGUGGGACGCGGAGAAGGUGCGGAGGGUGCUGGAGGGCAAGGCGAUCGUGAAGGUCGUGGACAUCGAGGAUAUGCCGACGCCAGCGAGCGCGCCAGCUAUGUCGCGCGCACAGGUGCAGACGGCGCCUGUGCAGGCGCCGAUGGCAGCGACAGCGAAGGAUCGGUGUUCAUGUGUUUCUGUCACAGACAUCUUGGAGGAGAGUAUGCGGGCGUUGAGUUUAGGGAAGAAGUAA